CAUGCUAACAAACUCCGCAAAUUAUACCAUACAACCGACUGUACCCAAAAUAGGGUACAGCCGGUAAAUCAAGAAGAAAAGGCAUCGAUCGGAGGAGAAAAAGGUGCCCCUAAUCGGGUCGGGUCGGAGGAAGGGAGCUGCGUUUGAAGGAGAGCUGCGGAAGCCGAAAUAGAUCUGAGGUGAUGAAGAAGGAGAUCGGCGGCAGUUUUGGGCAAAAUCGGUCGGGAUGAAGAAAGAAGAUCUGCCAAAUCAAUCGGCGAAGAAGGGCUUUCCAGAUCCGCGAUUCCAGAUUUGGUAGCGGAAGACUCUGGGAUAGCAUCUUUCGAUUUUGAUGAGCAGCCUAUAAAAACUUCUGAAAAAGAAUCUGGAACUGAGUUUGACGAUGAUGAUAGAUACGGGACACUGAAUAGUUUUUCAUCUGAAAUUCGUAAUUUAAGUAGAUAUUGUCUAUCUCAUACAUCUUGAGGAGAACUGCCGUGGAAAAGAGCUCCUGUGCAGGGAUGUAUUGAAGAAAGUUAGCUGGAAAGCAUUUUUUCUAAAGGGAAGACGAUCCUCCAAAUAAGGGAGAAUAAUCCAGUAAAUCCAAUACGGAGCGACUCACGUAUCUCAAUAUCAACAACAAUCUAGUAAAUCCCACAAGUGGGGUUUGGAAGAGAAUAGAUGUAUGCAAACCGUACCCCUACCCAAAGAGAAGACACCCAGUUCAGAAAACAAACUUAAAAGGAAAGAAGAGUAGGAGAUGCUAGUAAUGGGGGGCAUAUGAGGGAAAAUAAAAAUCCUACACCAAAAGGUAAUCACCCCAUAUAAAACAGAAUUAAUCAAUCUUGCUCUCCCAGCAUAAGAAAUGUGCCUGGUUGCCCAGGAGGCCAGUUGUGUUCUUGAAGUGUGCAAGGCAGUUGAGAAUGGUUCCUACAGAAUCUGUAUCAGCUCGGCAUGCCACAAUAAGAUCAUCUGCAAAGACUAUGUUAAUCAGAUUGAGUGUUUUGCAUCUCGGGUGAAACUUAAACUUACUCCUUUUGGCAAAUCUGCCACAUUUUAUCUUGGCUACUCUCUGUUUAUGGCAGUUGCAAUCAUGCUUGGCUUUGGCCCCGAAAUAUGGGAAGAUCUGUUUGAAAGGUUCAGCCACAGUGAUGCUCCAAGGAUGUUUCAGUUGCACAAAGAUAUCGUGACACUUGUUCAGGGUACAGAUUCUGUGGCAGAGUAUUUCACGAAGCUGAAAGGUCUUUGGGACAGUUACCUUAUUAUGGUGUCCUUGCCAAAUUGCAAAUGUGUGUCAGGUCAGAAGGAUUGCAGCACCAGAGCACCUUUGGUUUCAGAAUCCAGUGCUCUAGCUUCUGUUCAACAUAUCAAACCUGUGUUUGGAACCACUUUAAGUGGAAAGAAAUCCAAAUUUUUCUGUCAACACUGCAAGAUAUAUGGGCAUACAAUUGAUAGAUGUUUUAAGAUUCAUGGUUACCCCAAAAACAGCAAAGGAAAUAACAGUUUCAAUCAAAGCAAGAGAGUGGCUGGCAAUGCUUUCUCUGAAGAAUGUGUUGAAACAGGAACUAUCACUUCCAGCAACUCAAGUGUACAUUCUGAGCAUUUAAACACUGACCAGCACAUGUCCCUGACUUCCUCUCAUAAAGAGACUUUUCAUGAUGCUGGACAGCUGGAGACAAAUCUGUGCCUGGUUUUCUCUCUGCUAACAUGGCUUGCAGUGAUCAUUUGGCAGGAUCCUGUAAAGAGGACUUCUAUGAUGGUUGGUAAAGAGAGUGCUGGCUUGUACUUUGUGGAUCAACACUCUCCUCCAACUGCUCAUGCUUCUUUCAUUUCUCCUUUUUAGUCUCUCAAAAACUGAGUUGUGGCAUUGUAGGGGGCCUAGGACUAAGGAAUAUGGUGUACUGGAAUAGAGCUUAUGUAUACAACUAUUGGUGGGAUAUUGAUAAAGAUAAGGAAAAUUUGUGGGUAAAAUGGGUACAUGAAAGGUAUAUUAAAGGGGAGGUGAAGAACUACGAAAUCAGGGGUGACUGCUGUUUUUAUUGGAAAAAGAUCAUAAACAAUAGAAAAUGGUUCACCAAAAUGGAUAUGUCAAAGGGGUACACUACAGAGAUGGGGUAUGCCUGGCUGCUGGAGGUGAAAGAAAAGCCAAACUGGAUAUCAUUUGUUUGGAACAACCUAACUGUACCCAAACACCAAUUCCUCCAAUGGCUCAUUAGUGAAGAGAGAGUUAGUACCAAGGCAAGACUAGCUAAAUUCAUGGAUAUAAUUAACAUAUGUGAAUUAUGCGGUGCAGCUGAAGAAGACCAAGACCAUUUAUUCAGUAAGUGUAACAUAACAAAAGAACUUCUUGAUAGAGUUUCAAACUGGUUGGAGUGGAAAAUAGAGGGCGAAGAGGUACAGGAGAUUAGGCAAUCUUUAAUGAGAAUUAAGGGGAGAAGGAGGAGGCAAAUCAUAAGUGCCUAUGCGGCAGUAUGCUAUGCCAUUUGGAGGGCCAGGAACAAGAUGUUUCAUCAUAAGAAAGAGCCACAACUGGA